AUGGAGGAGCAUGGGUACCCUUCCUAUAGCGCCCGCAGCCCCGCCUGGGAGGAACUGGAGUCCGGAAAGAUGGCCGGGGCCGAGUCGGGGAUGAGCGGCGCCGGGAUCCCGCAGCAGCCCCAGCCCCAACCCCCGGCGGCGGCGGCGGGGCCGGCGGACGAGUCGUCGGACAGCGAAGGGGAGCACGAGGGCCCCCAGAAACUCAUCCGGAAAGUGUCCACCUCGGGCCAGAUCCGCAGCAAGACAAGUAUAAAAGAAGGAUUACUACUGAAGCAAACCAGUUCUUUUCAGAGGUGGAAAAAGCGUUAUUUCAAACUUCGAGGUCGUACCCUUUACUAUGCUAAGGAUUCAAAGUCUCUAAUAUUUGAUGAAGUUGACCUGUCAGAUGCCAGCGUAGCUGAAUCGAGCACAAAAAAUGUCAACAACAGCUUCACGAUAAUCACUCCAUUUAGGAGGCUAAUAUUGUGUGCUGAGAACAGAAAAGAAAUGGAGGACUGGAUAAGCUCUCUGAAGUCUGUUCAGUCCAGAGAACACUAUGAGACCGCACAGUUUAAUGUGGAACAUUUCUCAGGGAUGCAUAACUGGUACGCCUGCUCCCAUGCCCGACCUACCUUCUGUAACGUGUGUAGAGAGAGCCUCUCUGGAGUCACUUCUCAUGGCCUGUCUUGUGAAGUGUGUAAGUUUAAAGCACACAAAAGAUGUGCUGUCCGAGCAACAAAUAACUGCAAAUGGACUACAUUAGCCUCAAUUGGAAAAGACAUCAUUGAAGAUGAAGAUGGUAUAGCUAUGCCUCACCAGUGGUUAGAGGGUAAUCUGCCUGUUAGUGCCAAAUGCGCAGUCUGCGACAAGACUUGUGGCAGUGUUUUACGCCUGCAAGAUUGGAAGUGCCUUUGGUGUAAAGCUAUGGUUCACACUGCCUGUAAAGAUCUGUAUCCUCGUAAAUGUCCACUUGGCCAAUGUAAGGUAUCGAUCAUACCUCCAACAGCACUAAACAGUAUAGACUCUGAUGGUUUCUGGAAAGCCACAUGCCCGCCAUCCUGUGCCAGUCCUCUUUUAGUUUUUGUUAACUCAAAGAGUGGAGACAAUCAGGGAGUAAAGUUUCUUCGUCGAUUCAAACAGUCGUUAAAUCCAGCUCAGGUGUUCGAUUUAAUGAAUGGAGGACCUCACUUAGGUUUGCGGUUAUUUCAGAAGUUUGACAACUUCAGGAUUCUUGUGUGUGGAGGCGAUGGAAGCGUGGGUUGGGUCUUGUCAGAAAUUGAUAAGCUCAGCUUGCACAAACAGUGUCAGUUAGGAGUGUUACCCCUUGGUACUGGAAAUGACCUUGCUCGUGUCCUUGGUUGGGGAGGAUCCUGUGAUGAUGAUACACAACUUCCUCAGAUUUUGGAGAAACUAGAACGAGCCAGCACGAAAAUGUUAGACAGGUGGAGUAUAAUGUCAUAUGAACUGAAAUUACCAGCAAAGCCUUCUAUUCUUCCAGUGACUGCAGAAGAGUCGGAGGAAUGCCAGAUAUCUGCUUAUGAGGACUCAGUUGCUGCUCAUCUUGCAAAAAUUCUCAAUUCUGAUCAGCACUCAGUUGUCAUAUCAUCUGCCAAAAUAUUAUGUGAAACUGUAAAGGACUUUGUUGCCAAAAUAGGAAAGACUUACGAAAAACCAAUGGAAAAUGCAGAGGAAGCUGAUGCCAUGGCCAUUAAAUGCUCCGAGUUAAAUGAGAAGCUAGACCUAUUGCUCCAGGCUCUUCACACAGAAGCCCAGGCUGCUCCCAUUCUCCCAGGCAUCACUCCCCCCAUUGUGGAAGAAGAAGCAGAGGAGUUUUCAAGUGAAGAAUCCUUGUCUGAAAGUAAAGAGCAAUUAGCAGAGUGUGUCUCAAAGUCUUCCACCCAGAAACUCUUCAAACCAAGGGAACAGUUAAUGCUCCGGGCAAACAGCUUGAAGAAGGCUGUGAGGCAGAUCAUUGAACAAGCAGAAAAAGUUGUGGAUGAGCAGAAUGCUCAUAGUGAAGAACAAGUGAACCAGUCUCCACUAGAAUAUAGCAAAGAAUUGGAUGAAUCCAAAGAAGAGGAAAAAGAGGAAGAUACAAAGGAACUUGAGUCCCCAUCAAUUAAAACUGCACCAAGGUCUCCAGAUCGACGUACAAGCCGAGGUAUCCAUUCUCAGACAGGCUCUUUCUCUGCUCCAGCUUUGGCUGCAAGCAAGGAAAACCUCCCAGUGCUUAACACUAGGAUUAUCUGCCCAGGUUUGAGGGCUGGUCUAGCUGCUUCUAUUGCAGGAAGUUCAAUUAUUAGCAAAAUGUUGCUAGCAAACAUCGAUCCAUUUGGUGCUACGCCGUUUAUUGACCCGGAUCCAGAUUCCCUGGAGGGAUAUUCAGAAAAAUGUGUCAUGAACAACUACUUUGGAAUUGGGUUAGAUGCAAAAAUUUCACUAGAAUUUAAUAACAAGCGAGAAGAGCACCCUGAAAAGUGCAGAAGUCGGACAAAAAACAUGAUGUGGUAUGGAGUUCUUGGCACAAAAGAGCUACUGCAGAGAACUUACAAGAACUUAGAACAAAAAGUUCAACUUGAGUGUGACGGACAGUACAUCCCCCUUCCAAGUCUGCAGGGCAUAGCUGUGCUAAACAUUCCCAGCUAUGCUGGUGGGACUAACUUCUGGGGUGGAACCAAAGAAGAUGAUAUAUUUGGGGCUCCAUCGUUUGAUGAUAAAAUCUUAGAAGUUGUUGCGGUAUUUGGCAGCAUGCAGAUGGCAGUUUCAAGAGUCAUCAAACUGCAGCACCACAGGAUAGCUCAGUGUCGGUCAGUAAAGAUCACCAUACUUGGUGAUGAAGGGGUUCCAGUGCAAGUCGAUGGAGAGGCAUGGAUCCAGCCCCCGGGUGUUAUUAAGAUCAUACAUAAAAACAGAGCUCAGAUGCUAACACGAGACAGAGCCUUUGAAAACACCCUGAAGUCUUGGGAAGACAAACAGAAGUAUGAUUCCUGUAAACCUGUCAUUCGAUCUCCCUUGUACCCUCAGCAGGCUGUUGAGUUGGCUACCGAAGAAGAAGUUGCACAGAUCCAGCUGUGCUCACAAGCUGCAGAAGAACUUAUUACCAGAAUCUGUGAAGCAGCAAAAAUACAUGGCCUCUUGGAGCAGGAGCUUGCUCAUGCUGUUAAUGCAUGUUCACAUGCAUUAAAUAAAGCCAACCCAAGAUUUCCUGAGAGCCUUACCAGAAACACUGCCAUGGAGAUAGCUGUCAAUGUGAAGGCCCUACAUAAUGAAACUGAAUCUCUGCUAGUAGGAAGAGUUCCUUUGCAGUUAGAACCUCCCCAUGAAGAACUGUUGUCUGAUGCUUUGCACAGUGUGGAAAUAGAAUUGAGAAAACUUGCUGAGAUUCCUUGGCUUUAUUAUGUUUUUCAACCAAAUGAUGAUGAGGAUACCCCUCUGGAUUAUGCUAAAAGAAACAACAGAAGUACAGUGUUUCGCAUAGUGCCAAAGUUUAAAAAAGAAAAAGUUCAGAAGCAUAAGACCAGCCCUCAGCCUGUUCAAAAAUGGGGCACAGAUGAAGUUGCUGCUUGGCUGGAUCUGCUCAGUUUGGGAGAGUACAAAGAAAUCUUCAUCAGCCAUGACAUCCGAGGCUCUGAGCUUUUACAUCUGGAAAGGCGAGAUCUUAAGGACCUGGGGAUAACGAAAGUGGGUCAUAUGAAGCGAAUUCUCCAGGGAAUUAAAGAGCUCAGCAAGAACACCGUUUUGUCUGAAGUGUAAUUAUGCUGGUGCUCUCCCUAGAGAGAGAAGGGAAAGUUGCUGGAGAAGCAAAG